AUGACACAGAGUGGGGUAGAAAAGGACAGCUAUGGCAAUGAAGUGCCACGUUUGGCACGUCCAUUGCCAGUGGAAUAUUUGCUGGUAGAUAUUCCUGCCUCCACUCCAAUCAACCCAGUUUCUACAUUUCAUGCUGACAAUGAUAUUCAACCUUUUCCAGUAGAGAAUAGAAUGGUAGAUGGACAUAUUCAAGACUUUAAUGCGCUGAGCAGUUAUAUGCAACAGUUUCCUCCAGAUCAGUUUCUGAAGGCUGCAUCCGAUUUUCAUUUCCUGUUAUAUAUUUCUACUAUGGAUAUGUUACCAAUGAAGGAGUAUAUGGGACCACUUCUAGAGGCUGUCAAAACACAGAAUGCUGAGCAAGCUCAAGAUUGGUCCAAUUCUGAACAUUGGGCAACAGUAGAACAGCUGAUUGCUGCCAGCUCCUCAUCGCCUCCACAGUCACGCCCCCAUAGUGUGGCCUUUGCUGAGGUAGCUUCAGGAGCUAAUCUAGGCUUUGGGUCUGCGAGUGGUAGUGGACUCGGAUCUGGUCUGCCUGCAGCAAGUGGUGGAGGAAACAAUUCCUUGUGGACUUGCCCACAUUGCACUUUUCUCAAUCAAGCUGAUCUUGUCAACUGUGAAAUGUGUAGAUUGCCAAGGUAAACCAUUAAACUGCACUCUAAAACUUGGCCCAUUUUUACAAUUGUUGAGGGAUGUGAUAACUGAUUUGUUACUGAUGCUUUAUCUCAGUGAAAUCAGUAAUUAAUAAGACACAAAAAAUCAUGUGAUUAUUACCUGUAACUUGAAGGGAAAGUACUUGUUGAAUUCUUUUGGUCAUAAAGCUUAACCUUUUAUUAAGAGGUGACCUUUAUGAUCUUUCUAUUAUAUAAAAGUAAUUUUUUAUAUUUUCACAUUAUGCAGCUGUAUGUAACAGUUCUAAGAAAAUUCAAGAAACAGUCAAUAUAGAAGCCACUUGGAAAAAAUUCCAUGAUAAUUUAUGAAAGGUUUGCUGAAUGUAUAGAAAACCCAUAAUCCUUGUAUAUCUAAAGCUUCUCUAUUCUUCCCAUUAUUUAAUUUGUGUUAACAAAGGCAGAGAGAAACAAAUUCUUCUCUUAUAUUGUUCAUUUUAUACUUCACUCUGGAUGUAGAAACACUUGGUUUGUGAUUGCAUCUUCAAGUUGGUUUGAAGGAAUUCCUGAUUGAGUGUGAUAUUUUUGUGGAGAUAAUUUAUUAUGAAUCAAGUCAUUUUGGUUUGUCUGUUGUAGUUAAGACAUUCAAAACCACCAGUAAAAUGUUUUUUGAUUAAAUUUCCAUUAAUUGUACCACAUGUGUGUGUUGAAUAUUGAUUUCAUUUUAUAUUCCAUUAUGCAAAAAAACUGGAAUGUCAUAAAAAUGUUUGUUUAUUCAGGCAGAAAAGAAUAUACUUGUACAUGAUUUAAUUGAUAUUAAUUAUAUUACUUUUCAGACAUGCAUGUUUCCUCUUUAACUUUUCACAGAUGUUGUUAGCUUUUGUAUUUCUUUAAUAGAUGAAUCAAUACAGUUCACCAGUUUGACACA